CAAGUAGCGCUUCUAUUCAACAUGACAACAUCCCACAAAAUUAGAAAAAUAUAAACCCUAGCUAAAACCUCCUUCUCCGCGUGUGUGGAGAGAGAGAAUCAAUAUUAUGGACGAAAAGAGAGAAGAUGGGCGUUCAGCGACUCAGCUGAGGCCACUGAGCUGUACUCGUAGCGUUCUCAACCGUGCCCAUGGCUCUGCUAGUUUUUCUCAAGGGGAAACCAAAAUUCUUGCUGCUGUUUAUGGGCCAAGGGCUGGGACAAAGAAAAAUGAGAAUCCGGAAAAAGCUUGUAUUGAAGUCAUUUGGAAGCCCAAAUCUGGCCAAAUUGGGAAAGCGGAAAAGGAGUAUGAGAUGAUACUGAAGAGAACUUUGCAAAAUAUCUGCCUCUUGAAUGUUCAUCCGAAUACCACCACAUCGAUUAUUAUCCAGGUUGUUAAUGACGAUGGUUCACUUCUCCCUUGUGCUAUAAAUGCAGCAUGUUCUGCCCUUGUAGAUGCUGGAUUUCCUUUGAAAUAUCUUGCCGUUGCCAUAAGUUGUUGUCUAUCAAAACAUGAAUACUGUAUAAUGGAUCCCAACAAGCUAGAAGAAGAGAAAAUGAAGGCACUGGUAUAUUUAGUUUUCCGAAACUCAAUCCUGUCUGUACUUGAUGAAGGAUCAAAGCAAGAAGGAGAAUCAAUUGAAAAUGGAAUUAUCACAUCUGUUACUCAUGGUGUAAUGACAGUGAACGAUUACUUUCAGUGUCUGGAACAAGGGCGCGCUGCAAUUAAGCCGCUAUCUAAUUUUCUUAGGAAAAAGUUGCAGUCGAAGGUACAAAGUGAUGUAUCUAUAGCCGGCUGAAUUUAUUGAGGGCAAUGCAGAGGAUAUCUGCAUCAGAAAGUACUUUGAUUUUCAUGGCAUGUCUUGUAUAGUGCUUUCCCGUGGUUGCUGACUCUGCUUGAAAUUUGAUGUGUUGUGAAAUAGUUAUGCAUUGACUACCCUAUAGCUUCUUAGAUGAACGAUACCCAUUAAAGAGCUAUUGGAAUUGAUACUAUUAAGGGAAAUACAAAGCAUUUAAUACUUU